CUCAGGCACCCCCUUGCUGAGUUGGUCGCAAUCAUUGUUUCGCUCCAGCAUUAACCACAUUCCAGAGAGGCGGAGUGCACCCCGUCCACUUCCUCGCAUUCCUUCUCCACAAACGAGUCCCUUACGCUAAAUUGUGUUUAAAACGUGUUUUGGCGCACUUUGUGUCUUUUAAUAUGUAAGAUGUGGCUGUUAAUGGUGUAUUGCAAUAUUUUCUCAACCUCAAAUUUACAUUUGAGACUCUUUUGGAAAACUGGAGAAAAACUGACAAGGGAAAAUUCCUCCGCGCAGCGCGCCAUUGACUGUAAAGACCUUUCAACUUAACAAAAACUGAAGUUGACAAACGUAACGUUGAAACUUUGUUGUAAGGGUUUAUAUUUUCGAAGAAAAAGAUCAUGCACUGCUCCGAGAUUUCCAAGCACACUGGCCGUUCAGCAAACAGGCGACGAUGCCUGGAUUGAGCCUGCGUUUUGUUAUGAUUUCCAAGUGAAAUGCAAUUACUGCUAUCUCUCACUCGGUAGUCGGUUUGUGGACUAGUGCGCUUUUUCUCUGAACUUGUUCGUCGCCUCCGGAGCAAACCAUGGAUCACUAUGAGGAAGAUUUGGGACUCCGGGCGAGUAAAUUAAUGGAGGACCUUUCCUUAUAUGAAGCAUACAAGGAUGGAAUGUACAGUUCAAGGAGAGAUAUGGUUAUCAACCCCGAUUUGGAUUUUUCGUCUCCAACGAUACCGGAGCAGAAAAGUACGACAAUGAAUGGCAGCUCUGCGCCUCACCAACAGAUACACACCGUUGAGAAUUACAUGUCUGGGAAUAAAGUGUACACUGCGGCUCCCGUGCGCCCGGUGAAUGGCAACAGAGCCGUUCCUGUGGAUUAUUGCACCCCUCAAAGAGACACAGUUUAUCCUAAUGAAGAGAGCUAUUGCACCAAAUCCGAAAUUGCUUUGCCGUGUUAUAGCGGCGCGUCCGAGCGGCACAGGAGGUACUCAUUGGAGGUGCAGGGGCAUAGGUACAGCACUGGUAGCGCGUACGAUGGAGUGGUUUUGAACAAGCCAGUACCCUCACCUGGCAACAGAUGCAACAGUAUUUGUAUUACCACCAACCACGACGGCAGAUACAAUGCAACCAGCCCGCGGUCCAGUUUCGUAUCCUCCCUCUCCUCCCAGGAGCAAAGCAAACAUGCAAGCCCGAGGUCGAGCAUCAGUAGCCCGCGCACGAGUCUGUUGGUACCCGGGCAAGACAAGUACACUAGUCCCAGGUCCAGUCUGGUACACUGUGAAGGGAGCAGUGCCCUCAGCCCCCGGUCUAGCUAUGCAAGUACAGCCAGCGACACAAGUAAACAUUCCAGCCCAAGGGCCAGUCUGAACAGCUAUGACUGCUGCAGUAAGCCCAGCAGUAACCGCACCAGCGGCAUCAGUAUGGGCUACGACCAAAGGCACAUCAGCCCCAGGUCCAGCACAGCGAGCCAGUAUUCUUGUACCACCAGUCCACGCUCUAGCUAUUCAGAUUCGCGUUACAUGCCUGUGGGGAACCAUGAUCUGGAGGGUGCAGUUUUGCAUGGCAUGCCGGUGGCCAGUCCCCGGUCAAGCAUCUGCAGCCAGGAAGGGUGUGCAAGACCCGGGACAAUAGCUAACUGCGUCGUUAGUCCCCGGUCCAGUAUCUCCAGUCACAGUUCCAGAAGUUCCCGGAGCUCCAGGGGAUCUAUGAGCACCUACCCAGAUCUCCAACUGCCUUCACCCAGGUCCUCAAUGCUGGGGACAGGUUUGCAGGAGGACAUACUAACACAAGAUUGUGGUGAUACCAACGGUGUUCAUAGUCGUAUCCAUCUCCAAGCGCUCUCUGGGAUGCCAGAGGCCCUGCCACAGCAUGCACCACAACAGUCAACCCAGGCAGGGAUGAACACAGAGGUGACCGCUGGAUCACCAUCAUCUUCUUAUGGGCUCCAUAUGAAAACUCCAGCCUCGGGGCAGAGGUUUAAACUACCUUACCAGGUGACCCCAUGCCGGGAAAGUGGCCCAAGCCAAGCAGAAAGGAGUCUGGAAGCACUCACCUUGGAGCUGGAGAAGGAGUUAGAAAUGCACAUGAAAAAAGAAUACUUUGGUAUCUGUAUCAAGUGUGGAAAGGGUGUGUAUGGAGCCAGCCAAGCCUGUCAGGCCAUGGGGAAUCUGUACCAUACCAACUGCUUCACCUGUUACUCCUGUGGGAGGAGGCUGAGAGGGAAAGCUUUCUACAACGUCAACGGCAAGGUCUACUGUGAAGAGGACUUCCUGUACUCUGGCUUUCAGCAGACGGCAGAGAAGUGCUUUGUAUGUGGUCACCUCAUCAUGGAAAUGAUCCUGCAGGCACUGGGCAAGUCCUACCACCCUGGCUGCUUCCGCUGUGUGGUCUGCACAGAGGGUCUGGACGGAGUGCCUUUCACUGUGGACGUGGAGAACAACAUCUACUGUGUUAAAGACUACCACACGGUCUUUGCCCCUAAAUGUGCCUCAUGCAACCAGCCAAUCCUCCCUGCUCAGGGCUCUGAGGAGACCAUCCGGGUGGUGUCCAUGGACAAGGACUACCAUGUGGAGUGCUAUCACUGUGAGGACUGUGGCCUCCAGCUAAAUGACGAGGAGGGUCACCGCUGUUACCCCCUGGAUUGCCACCUGCUCUGUCACAGCUGCCACAUCCGCAGGCUAAAGGUCCCGGUGCCCGCCCACCCGCCCCCCAGCUACCCACUACACGUCACUGAGCUGUGAGAGGAACCAACCCCAACCCACCGCUGACCCGCCUCCCAGGUGACCUGAGACAACAUAGCAGAAAGAAGAAGGAAUCCCCCGCCCACGGAAUCCCGGGAACUUCGGAACAGUCAGACCCUGGGAGACUUCGCUCUCUACUUGCCGGCCGUGCCCUGGGGAGAGGAGAUAGAUACAGGGCCAUGGACAAGUCACAAGACCGGGCUGGGAGAGUCCACGUCUCUCUCUCCCUUUCUCCCUCUCCCUCUCUCUCUCUCUCUCUCUCUCUCUCUCUCUCUCUCUCUCAUCAGUUUUUUUCUCCCUCCUUUUGGUCUGUGAACAGUGAAGCAGGCUGAGGCCCCAGCCCACCCAGAUACCCUGGCUGACGUCAGCACAAUGACCCCUGCACAUUCAUCACAGUGGGGACUGGCCUGGAUGGAGGGAGGGGGCCACUCUCUCUCCAUCCCUCUCUUUUUUUACUGCCUUUCUGUUUUCUUCAUUCCUUCGAGCUGAAGCCCAAUGCCAUGAUGCAUUUACUGCUCCUCUGUCAGAGAGAGAGAGAGCCGGACAGCGUCUCUGCCAGGAGGCUGGGAGGCCAUGAAACAGGCCGCUACAUAACAUUCCAGCACUGUCUGGCAGGGUUAGAGGGUUGGACAUGCUGUGCCUUCAGAGUGGCCUUCCACUGAGAAACCUUACCGCAUGGUGACAGUGACAAUGGCACAAUCCAGCUAGCUACGGCUCCUUUUGGCUAUGCAAGGGUACUGAGUAUACCAGCAACAACCGAGCUCCUUCAUGUGACUCUGUGACACAGUCUCCUGUACCAUCCCUUCAUGUGACUCUGUGACACACCCUCCUGUACCAUCCCUUCAUGUGACUCUGUGACACAGUGUCCUGUACCAUCCCUUCAUGUGACUCUGUGACAUAGUCUCCUGUACCAUCCCUUCAUGUGACUCUGUGACACACCCUCCUGUAUCAUCCCUUCAUGUGACUCUGUGACACAGUCCCCUGUACCAUCCCUUCAUGUGACUCUGUGACACACCCUCCUGAACCAUCCCUUCAUGUGACUCUGUGACACAGUCUCCUGUACCAUCCCUUCAUGUGACUCUGUGACACACCCUCCUGUACCAUCCCUUCAUGUGACUCUGUGACACACCCUCCUGUAUCAUCCCUUCAUGUGACUCUGUGACACACCCUCCUGAACCAUCCCUUCAUGUGACUCUGUGACACAGUCUCCUGUACCAUCCCUUCAUGUGACUCUGUGACAUAGUCUCCUGUACCAUCCCUUUGCUCCAGUGCUACUUGGCAUAGUGGAUGUUUGUGGCACCAAAUGCCCUGUCAGUAGCCAGUAGCCACAGCGCUAGCCUGGGCUGGCACUCAUUCCACUUAGCAGUCUUAGAAGACGUGACCUCGAGAAAUUCACAAGCAGUGUCUCAACGAUUAUAUAACAAGAUAAAAAGUUAGAAGCACGUAGAUUGCCUAUAUAUUUUGCAGACAUUUUCCACAUAAGAUUCUAGAAGUGUAGUGUAUUUUUUUGCUGCGUUAUUAUUAUCAAAUGGAAUCGGAGGCCAAGCGAGCUGUCACCGUCUUAACGGUCCUCUGAAGGGUAUUGCUCCGUUGUUUCAUUUCUCCUCAUGGACACAUGUCCUAGAGGCCUCUGUGUUGUCACUCUGCUUGGUCAUGCGAUCCACAGACCUGUUAACAUGUACAGUUCCACACACUGUUUAUUUGACCCAUAUGGUAGCACUGAGUAAAUGAGUGUCUGACCAUCGAGAGUCCCCACAUAUCCUCCUCAUGCACACGUUACUGUGUCAUACCUACUGGUUGAUCUGAUUGUCUGGUUGGUUGUGGGAGUUGCUGGUCCAACCCAUGUCUCUGGGAAUCCAUCCCCCGUGUUUUCCCUCGCUGUGUGUGUGUGUGUGUUAGUCUGUUGGUCUAUAGACUCUGAGUGUACUAAACAUUAAGAACUGCUCUUUCCAUGGCAUAGACUGACCAGAUGAAUCCAGGUGAUGUCACUUGUUAAAUCCACUUCAAUCAGUGUAGUUGAAGACAGGUUCAACCUGAUUUUUAAGCCUUGAGACAAUUGAGACAUGGAUUGUGUUUUGUGUGCCAUUCAGAGGGUGAAUGGGUAAGACAACAUAUUUAAGUGGCUUUGAACAGGUUAUGGUGUAGAUGUAAAGCGCACCGGUUUGUGUCAAAAACUGUAACGGUGUUGGGUUUUUCCCGCGUGUAUCAAGAAUGGUCCACCAGCCAAAGGACAUCCAGCCAACUUGACACAACUGUGGGAAGCAUUGGAGUCAACAUGGACCAGCAUCCCUCCGGAAGGCUUUCAACACCUUGUAGAGUCCAUGUCCGAUGAAUUGAGGCUGUUCUGAGUGCAAACGUGGUGUAACUCAAUAUUAGGAAGGUGUUCUUAAUGUUUGGUAUACUCAGUGUGUACAGAAGUGUGUGUGUGUGUGUGUGUGUGUGUGUGUGUGUGUGUGUGUGUGUGUGUGUGUGUGUGUGUGUGUGUGUGUGUGUGUGUGCGUGCGUGCACCAGUGGCAGUGCCAUGGUGCAUGUACCUUGUUGAGUGAGCAGGACAACGGCCAUCCAGCUCCACAAAACGACCCAUGCUCUCUCAAUCGCUCUCCAACAGAAAGGAUGGGUUAAGGCUCUGACUCAGGCCUACCCAGUACCUGCUCACAGUAGCCUAGUCAGAGGAACUGUCCUCUCAUACUACUGAAUCUAACAGACAAGGAGGCUGACGUAGAGAUUACGGAGAGGAGUGGCCGACACAGGCAUCAUGUGCUUUCUGAUGUAUCCCUCGAUGAGAUUCUUUGGAAUGUAAUUAUUAGUGUAUGUUUGGCAAACUGUUGUUUAAUUUUUGCUCUGCUCCCAGUUGUACAUUUACAGAAGUGAAAAGGCUAGUGUCCCUGGAGUACAUGUUUUUGCUGGGAAAUUCCCUUUGAUGGUAGAUAAACUGAAUCUCAGCAUAGUAUGAUGAGACUCCUAGUCAAGGAAUGUGUAAUAUACUUGAAGAAUGAGGCAAUGGCAUUUUCUGAACUGUAGUUUGAAUAGUACAAUAAGACCCACUCAUCAAUCUCAAAUCAUUUUCCAUUAAAGCAGAAAAUGUUUAAACUUGACAAGAGUUGAUCCCCUUUAACGAUGUCUUAAUACACCUCUUUUAAAAAUACUACUUCAGUUCCAUUUCUAUUGCAUAGCACACAGCUAGUUUCCCCAGACCUGUGCAUAAAGAGGCUACUUUUCCUUUCAUCCUCUGUCAUAAAUCACUCUGAAAGUGAAGACUUCUCUCUCUCCUAUCAGUAGUUUUCAAUAAGCACAUAUGACACCUCUGUCACAUCACUUUUGUAUCGCUUUUGUAUAAGUGUUUGAUUACCUAGAUCGUUCAUAAAAAAGGAAACUAGAUUUAUUUAUCUAAACAUGAAAAAGUCUAAAGUUAUUUAAUGUAUUAAAAAUCGGGACGUAUCAUUUAACUGUAGAUUAUAUAAUCUGCUUUUUAAAUAAAGUGGUUUUGUAGCUAACUUAAA